GUGAGCGAAGACGGUCAACUACAAAACCCAGAAUUCGCCGCUCUACGUGACGUCAUCUCAGAGCGACAAACAAACUUACCUUUGCCCUACUCCGGAGUCUACUUUUUUGAAAGUGUGUGUGUCUGUGUGAGAGUGUGAGAGAGACACAGAGAGAGAGAGAGAGAGAGAUGGCACUAGCUGGGGUGCGUGUGAUUGAAUUAGCCGGACUUGCCCCGGCACCGUUCUGUGGAAUGAUCCUGUCUGAUUUCGGGGCCCGAGUGAUCCGUGUAGAUCGGACAAAGGUCACCAUGGCGAUGGAUGCACAAGCAAGAGGCAAACAGUCCGUGGCCUUGAACCUGAAGAGUCCACAGGGCGUGGCCGUGCUGAAAAAACUGUGUCUUCAGUCAGAUAUAGUUCUUGAACCCUUCCGGAAAGGGGUGAUGGAAAAGUUGGGCUUGGGUCCUGAAGAGCUGCUGAAGGAAAAUCCUCGCCUUAUUUAUGCUCGACUCACAGGAUAUGGCCAGAGCGGCUCCUACGCCAAAUGUGCAGGGCACGAUAUUAACUACCUGGCCAUGUCCGGACUGCUGUCUAUGUUGGGACGCAGCUCGGAGAAACCCUAUGCCCCGCUGAACCUGGUGGCUGACUUUGCAGGAGGAGGCCUGAUGUGUGCUUUAGGCAUCGUUCUGGCUUUGCUGGAGAGGAACAAGUCAGGCCGAGGCCAAAUCAUAGAUGCCAGCAUGGUGGAGGGAGCAGCGUAUGUGGGUUCCUUCAUGUGGAAGUCUCGCAGUCUUGGUCUGUGGAACCGGCCUCGUGGGGAGAACAUGCUGGACAGUGGUGCUCCGUUCUACGACACGUAUCAGACCUCUGAUGGGAAGCACAUGGCUGUAGGGGCCAUCGAACCUCAGUUCUAUGAUCACCUGAUCAAAGGCCUUGGAUUGGAUGCUGCCUCCCUCCCGGCGCAGAUGAGCAUCUCUGAUUGGCCGGAGCUUAGGCGGACAUUCACCCAGGUGUUCGCACAGAAGACGCAGGCAGAAUGGAGCAGGAUCUUUGAUGGAACAGAUGCCUGCGUGACCCCAGUUCUACCUCUGGAUGAAGCCGGGUCACAUCCCCACAAUCGAGAGAGGGGCUCGUUUCUGAAGGACGCUCAGGGCGAGGUCAGUCCUCGUCCGGCACCCGUCCUGUCUCGCACUCCGGCUCGGCCGUGUCUCUCUCGUGACCCUGUUGUGGGUGAACACACUCGAUCUGUGCUGGGGGAGUACGGCUUUGAUCCAGAUCAUAUCGAGCAGCUGCUGUCAGCUGGUGUGGUGGAGUGUAAUGAAGCCAAAGCACGUCUGUAAGAUGAUGAUGCAGCAGCAUCAGUGGUGAAUCACUCAUUACACACACACAAAAAGAAAAACCUGCCACCUCAUAUACGCGAUGCCUUCAGCAAAGAACUGAUGUGUGAAGAGCGAUUAAGCUCAAAAUAACUAUCUGUUGAUGCGCAGGCUUUUAUCUGAGUGUGCAGAGAGCUGAUUUUUUUUUCAGUGGUGAAAUGCUCCAUCGUUUAAAUACACAGCUCUUUACUGAGAUUAUCCUCUAUCGCAGAGCUGAAUUAAGACACUUGCCUGAAAUCUGAAGUGCCUGUAAUCAUCAUGAUUAAGCCUUCAGUUUACAGCGGAGAAAUUUGCCCCAAGAUGUUUAAUAAUACCAUGGUGCUUGCGAGUUUAGAUAGAAUUUUCUAUAUUUCUGCAUAAAUAUGACCUAAAACGUCAUCAGAUUUUCACACAAGUCUUAAAAAUAGAUUAAGAGAACACAGUUAAACAAAUGAGACAAAAAUACUAUAGACAAAUAUUAUACUAACUAAUCCUGAUGAUGUUUUAGGUCAUAUUUAUGCAGAUAUAUAGAAAGUUUUAAAGGGUUCACAAACUUUCAAGCACCCCUGUAACUGUCUCCAUCCAAAGGAUAGGUUAAAUAUCACUCUUAACAUUUUUAAUCAAACAAGUGCAAUGCCUUCCUGAAUUAAUGGCACCCUUAAUAAAAAAUGAUGUUCAAUUGUU